CCCGGCCGCCGGCACUCGAAGCCCGCAGACACUCGCAGCGACAUGCCUACCUGUCCGGAGCUAUUCCACCGACCCACGCUGGAUUUUACUCACGCUUCUGGGUGAUACCGACGCACACACACACAACUCUGACAGGAUUUCCCGGGACCGGCUGAUAUUUAACCUUCAUUUCUUUCGUCUUUUGUUCAACGUGAAAGCUGAUUCAAGCUGCGUGAAAACGGCUUUAGGAGACAGGCUCGUGCCAUGCUAUUUGACUUUUGAGCCUGAGCCUUUUGUACCCGUGUCCUGUGUGUGAAGCGGAGCCGCUUUCCAGUCAUGAGGAGAAGCUCUCACGUCCUGCCCUUCGGUGUGCUCGCUGCCCUGCUGCUGUCUCAGGUCUGCUCCGGCAUCCGAUGGCUAGCGCUGUCGCACACGCCAGCAUCAACAUACAUCAACCAGACUCAGCACUGUAAACUGCUGCCCGGCUUGGUGUCCUCCCAGGCACAGCUGUGUCGCAGCAACCUGGAGCUCAUGCAGACCAUCAUCCAAGCUGCCCGCGAAGUCAAGAAAACAUGUCAGAAGACCUUUGCUGACAUGCGCUGGAACUGCUCAUCAAUUGACAUCCCCAUCGAUGCCCCGAAGUACCGGCCAGACCUCGACCGAGGAACGAGGGAGGCUGCAUUUGUCUAUGCCCUGUCUGCGGCUACCAUUAGCCACACCAUAGCACGGGCAUGCACAUCGGGAGAUUUGCGGUUGUGCUCCUGUGGUCCAAUUCCCUCAGAGAUUCCAGAACCCGGGUAUCGGUGGGGCGGCUGUGCUGAUAAUCUGCACUACGGACUGAUCAUGGGUUCCAAGUUCUCUGAUGCUCCAAUGAAGAUGAAGCGGGCUGGCUCCCACGCCAACAAACUUAUGCACCUACACAACAGUGAAGUUGGGAGACAAGUAUUGAGAGAGGCACUUGUGAUGAAGUGUAAAUGCCACGGCGUAUCAGGAUCCUGCUCAAUACGGACCUGCUGGAGAGGCCUACAAGACCUGAGAGAAAUUGCCAUGGACCUAAAGACCAAAUACCUGUCUGCCACCAAAGUGGUUCACCGGCCCAUGGGGACUCGCAAGCAGCUGGUUCCCAAAGACAUUGAUAUCAGGCCAGUGAGAGAGAAUGAGCUGGUAUACCUACAAAGCUCACCGGACUUCUGCACCAAGAAUGAAAAACAGGGUUCCGUUGGCACACAGGACAGGCAAUGCAACAAAACCUCGGUGGGCAGUGACAGCUGUGACCUGAUGUGCUGCGGUCGCGGGUACAACCCCUACACUGAGAAGCUGGUGGAGCGCUGCCACUGCAAGUACCACUGGUGUUGCUACGUCACCUGCAAGAAGUGCGAGCGGAUGGUGGAGCGAUACGUCUGCAAAUGAGUCGCUGUCGCUGCCGGACCCCACCGGCAGUUCUCUGCAUGUACCCAGCCACCUGAGGCCAGAGAUUAAACAAAAGCACUACAGUACCAAGAGGGCUUACUCUUGUCUUAAGGUUUAGCAUGUGUAUUUCAACAAGAAGCGGGAUAUUCUCGUGUCACUAUAAUAUUUGUAUCCAUUCUCCAAACCGCUGGUUGGCGUUUUUAACUUUUUUCUUCACAAACCGUAACGUGGAGUUUUACGUGAAGACCGCCGUCCUCCUGGGUAUUUUCUUUUCUUUCUUGAUGGUUUUAAAUCUCUCCAGCUGGGAUAAAGAAAGUCUAUUUUAUUAUAUCUCUGAUGAAAGAAAUUAUAUUUGAUUUUAUGCUGGACGUGGGGAGUUGUAUUUUCUCUUCACUACACAGAAACUGUUUGGCUUCUUUCCACAAAAAACAAAGGGUUCUGAUGGAUCCCUGAAACCCGUGUGGUAUUUUGAACGGUACGAUUGAUGGUUUUUUCCCUCCGCAGUAACGGACUUGAGGAAAAGUGAACACAAAGGGAAUGGAAGUCGAGUGCUUUUCCAACUUGGAAACGUUUUGUGGUUGAAAGUUGGGACUCUCACUGUGUGUGGAUCUUCACACGGGUCAAACCUGCAUCCCUGUGGAUUGUUCAACCCCAUCGAAAAAGAACUGUUUGCUUUGUGAAAUGGUGCAUUAUCUCCUUUAUGUCUGACAUACAGGCAGUAAAAAAAAUUCUAUUCUCAGAGCUGAACUCAAGGAUUUUGUAAACCACUUUUGUGUGGAUGUACAUACUGUUAUUUUGUAUACUGAAAUAAAGAAGUAUUUAUAAAAUAUGAAA